AUGGAUCAAUCUCGCUCGCUCUCUCUCCACGAGCGUUUCAGCCUCGCCAGACGAAACGCUGGCCAUCCGCCCAUCAUCACCAUUGCCGCUGCCUACCCUACGUCUUCCUCUGCCCCUACCCAAGAUUUUUUGGAAAAGCGUAUCGCAGAGAUACAGACGCACUUCCCACAGCUGUAUGCCCGAGUCCAAGAUGCCCGCACGGCUUCGCCGAGCCAGGUUCUCAGAGAUGGCCCCUGGGAGAGCAGCGCGGUGUUGAGAACAGGGGUCUACUCGGAAGAGGAAAAUAGAGACAGGGAGCUUGCUGGGAUGCUGGUUCUUGACGGGAAGAGGAUGCUUGGAGAAGAUGUCGAAAGGGCCCCGCUCUGGCAAAUCACCGUCUACACCAGCCCCUCCAAACCGAGGGUCUACGUGUCUCUUUCUGUCGACCAUGUGCUGCUUGAUGGUCGGGGGAUGGCCAUCCUCCUCCAGGCCAUUCUCGCAAAGCACAUCGCUGGUCUGCCUUAUGAAAAGCUUGAAACGACCCCAGGGGUGGAAGACACAGUCAACAUGAAGCCGACUCUGGCCUUUGCUUUGCCCCUUAUCUGGCAUCAUCUCAUCCUUCCCCGACUCCCCCUAAUUCUCCAGAGGUACCUUACUCCCGCCAAAGCAUGGCCUGCCGAUCUCAUUGCUGCUACUCCCUUGACAUCUCCUUCGGCCUUUUCGCUGCUCACCUUGUCUUUGAACGAGGUAUCGCAGCUAAAAACCAUUGCCAAAGCGCAUGGCGUACCAACUCUCAAUCCCGUUAUCAAUGCCAUCUACGCCCUGGCCAUUUGGUCCAAGUACCGCUACACCCUCAGUCCCUUCCGGCUCGUGGCCAUCUCUGCUCGAUCCGAACGAGACGAUUCACUCGGGCAUCCUCAUGCUUUGGGUAAUUAUGUUAGUUCCCAUCAGCUUGAGAUUAACAUCAAGCCCAGAUCAGACUUCUGGGCGGUGGCGCGGACUAUCUCGGAUCAGUUGAGCAGUCAGCAGUCCAUCUCGCAUGCGCGUAUGAGGAUGGGUAUGCUGUCACAAAUCCCUGGUGGCCUCUACACAUCCCCGACUGGGAUUCCCGACCCCCUCAGGCCUACCUUGUUCGAGGACUUUCUACUCAAGGGUGCAGAAUCUGCCACACCACUCGAUACUGCGUUGGCUUUUUCCAACCUUGGCUUUGUGCACCUUCCCGAGGGCGCGGAGGACAUGGCUUGGGCACAGGUUGCAGACGGGUUGGGGCAUGAGGUGUUUUCGACUACCGUCAUCGGCCAUGAGGGAGGGGUCAAGGUGGGGACUAUCUUUAGUGAGGGAGCAGCAGUGAGGACGGACGAGGUGGAAGGCGUGGAGGAGCUGUUCAGGGUGAUCGUGCACAAGCUCAUCCAGGGGAAGAGCAAUUCCACUUCCAGUGCUCGGUGUUCCGUAGCUUCCGUCCUCGUCUCUGCUGUUCUCUUUGUCGUCGAGAUGGUCUUUGUGUACAUUUGCAGCGAUCAUCUUUCUCCUUCUCUCCAUCUCCUCUCCUCCUUCCAGGACGGGAGGGGCACAGCCAACCUGUUCGAUGCGCUUCUCGCAAAAGACAUCUCCCAACUGCCGUACGAAAAGCUCGAGACGACACCUCCGGACGAAGAUGUGCUUCCCCUGAAGCCGAGCUUGUUGCAAGCCCUUCCCAUCGUUUGGCAGGAGAUCAUCCUCCCUCGCUUGCCGUCGUUUCUAGCAAGAUACUUAAUACAGGCUAAGUCAUGGCCUGCACAUCUCAUUGCCGAAUCGCCUCUUACUGCUCCUUCCGCCUACUCGCUCUUCUCGCUUUCCUCCAAAGAGGUGUCGGCCGUCAAAAGCAUCUCCAGAACGCAUGGCGUCUCUACGCUCAGCCCAGUAUUGAAGUGCUGCUCCUACGCGUUUUCCAACUAUGUCAGUUCUCACAAAGUUGAUAUCAAGUUUGAAUCGUACGCUAGCUUCUGGUCGGUGGCUAGGAAUGUGUCGCAUGAGCUCAGUACCGACCGCUUUCUGUCCGACACUAGAUUACGGAUAGGCAUGCUUUCCUACAUUCCUAGCGGACCCUACGUAUCUCCAUCAGGGGAGCCUGACCCUCUUCGACCGACCCAGUACGAAGCUUUCUUCCUCCGCAGUGUGUCCUCUCCCACUCCGGUCCAUGCCGCUCUAGCAUUCUCCAAUUUGGGCCUCGUCAAACUGCCUCCCGGAGCAAGUGACCUCGCGUGGGCGGAGACUGCCUCGUCCAUGGGAAGCUCGGUGUUCGGGGCGGUGGUGGUAGGCCAUGAGGGGGCGGACGAGGUGGAGGAUGUGGAGAGGAUAUUCAGGGUCACUUUGGAGAGGUUGGUGGAUGGAAAGGAGAGUGUGGAAGAGUUGGUCAAUGUGUCAUGUUAA